AAGAAGUUUUACUCACUUUUGAGACUGACCGACCGCUACCAUAAACCCAUAAUGCGUAUAUUGGACGCUCCCUUGGCCUCAUAUUUACACCGACCAACGGAAUUACUUCCGGCAACUCACCGGACCACAUUUCCCGACCAAUCACCGGCGUAUACAUCCUCUCCCCCCUUUUCUAUAUAAGCAUGGGUAUAACAACUGAGGACCAUUCUAUGCCUGGGGAAAAGGCUGAACAAAGUAAAAAUCAUUACAGCAAGGAAGCCAUGGCAGGUAGUGAACUCUGGACAGAUGGACUCAUAUGUGCGUUUGAAUAUGUAAAAGGUGAAAGUAGAUCAGUUAAGUCAAAGCCAAAGGCAAAACCCCACUCAACUCGUCGAGCAAAUAGUCAUGACAUGAAGAAGCAGGACGAUGGCUAUUUAUCUGAACCCACUAAUAUUGCAGAAAGCAAGGGCGACGAUAUCAGCCAUGCCCAUAUACUAAAACUUGAUGGGAGCCAUUGGGUUCCAAUUGGUUGGGCUAGAAUUUCCGAACUUGUUGAAACUGUACAAAUUAAUGCUGACUGGACCUCGCAUGAGUUCAAUUUCAUGGAUGAUGAAGAUGACCGUACAAUUGCAGAUCUAGCCGCCCCCUAUUGGGAGCGGCCAGCUGGACCUGUAUGGUGGUGUCAUGUCGCUGCAGACCAUCCACAUAUUAGUACAUGGCUUAAUAAUGCUUCAUGGUUACAUCCUGCAAUUAGUAUUGCUUUAAGAGAUGAAAGCCGGCUCAUAAGUGAGAGGAUGAAACACCUUUUAUAUGAGGUCCCCGUUAGAGUUGCUGGAGGUUUGGUUUUUGAACUGUUGGGCCAGUCAGUUGGCGACCCAUAUACAAAAGAGGAUGAUAUACCGGUUGUUCUUCGCUCAUGGCAAGCACAAAACUUUUUGAUCACUGCACUGCACCUGAAAGGAGUUACAUCAUGCUUAAAUGUCUUGGGUGUUAUUGAAGUGCAGGAACUUCUUUUUGCUGGUGGUAAUAAUAUACCCCGGACGAUACAUGAAGUUAUAGCACUUUUAGCCAGCAGGCUUGCACGGUGGGAUGACAGAUUAUAUCGAAAGUUUAUAUUUGGGGAAGCUGAUGAAGUGGAACUGAAGUUCAUUAACAGGAGAAACAAUGAAGAUUUGGACCUUUUCAUUAUUAUCCUCAACCAAGAAAUCAGAAGGUUAUCACAACAGGUUAUUCGUGUCAAAUGGUCACUGCAUGCAAGGGAAGAGAUAGUGUUUGAACUUCUUCAACAUUUGAGGGGAAAUACAACUAAAAUGUUGCUUGAUAGCAUAAGAAAGAGCACAAGGCAAAUGCUUGAGGAACAAGAGGCAGUUCGUGGUCGCAUAUUUACAGUUCAAGAUGUCAUGCAGGGUACAAAACGAGCAUGGCUGCAGGAUAGAAGCACAAGAGUAACACAUAAUUUGGCUGUUUUUGGAGGGGGUGGCCUUGUCCUCUCCAUCAUCACUGGCUUAUUUGGAAUCAAUGUUGACGGGAUACCGGGGGGCGCAAACACACCAUAUGCCUUUGGUUUGUUUGCUGGAAUUCUCUUCUUCAUAGGAGUCGUAUUAAUUGCUGUCGGUUUGCUAUACUUCGGAUUGAAAAAGCCAAUAACUGAAGAGCAGGUGGAAGUGCGGAAAUUGGAGCUCCAAGAGCUUGUCAACAUGUUUCAGCAUGAAGCCGAGACUCAUGCUCAAGUUCGUAAGCACGUUCCUAGGAACAACAGGACACUAACUUCUGGAGACAGAGACAGUAUCCUAGAUGAUGCAAAUUAUGUUCUUAUUGACUAAAAGAGGAUUAUCAAGCUAACCGUUUGACUCUGACGAUCGAUGCUACCGGAGUGUCAAAUGAGUUACUAUUUUACUUUUUAAACAUUGAUCUGAAUAAUCUUCCGUUGAAGAGAGGUCGACAAGUACUUGCUCCCGGCUUGCUUGCUUUAUGAAAAUUGCAUCAGUUGCAUUUUUGCAAUGCUUUGAAA